CAACCCUUGAUUCUCCUGAACCCUAUCAGAGCCACCAUCCUUGUCGUGCGUCGUUUCUGCUUCUCCCCUCCUCGCCGUUAAAUUCAAUUGGUCAAAUUCAGUUAUUCUCUGGUUUAGGUUUUCAGUAAUUAAACUUUCCUGGUUUAAAAAACGUACAAUGGCGUCUUCCGAUGAUGAGCCAGAGUCUCAGCCACUAUCUGUCUCGAAUUACCACUUUGAAGAUGACAGGGAUGCCCCUGUAUCGUUUUCUGUGAUGCCAAUUCAAUGGAGUGGGUCGGAGAGUCCUCAAGGCAAGAAAACAGAGUUGUUCCUCCACGGUGUGGCGGAUAAUGGGCUGCAGAAGGUUAUGAUGCCGGUCAUGGCGUGGCGGUUCGAGCUUUCCUCUGUGAAGCCUGAGAUAUCUGUGCUGUCAUCCAAGGAUAGGAGAUGGAUCAAACUUGAGAAGCCAAGAAAGAGCUAUGAGGACAUUGUAAGGAGUAUUUUAGUAACUGUUUACUUCCUGAGUUUUGCAAAGAAGAAUCCUGAUGCAACCGCGAAAUCUGCGUGGGAUAGCUUGAGUAAGAAUAAGGAGUUUAGCUCUUAUGAGGUUAUGCCUUCGGCAAAUGAUUUAGUAAAUCAGAAGGCUUUGAUGAGUGAAGCAGCCAAGAGGGAUGCUUUGUUGGCUAAGUCCAAGCUUUUACCCAUGGCUCUGGAGGGUAACCUGGGGGCUAAGAAACUUUUUGAUGAGGAGCUAAAAGAUUUGGCACGGCCUGGAUUUAUAAUUGAUGAUGAUGUUGAUGAUGACAUGACUGAUGCAAAUGAUGAAGAGUCAGAUGAAGAAGAUGAAUUGUUUGAUUCUCUUUGUUCUAUUUGUGACGAUGGUGGUAAUCUUUUGUGCUGUGAUGGAAAGUGCAUGAGAUCAUUUCAUGCUAAUAAGGAGGAUGGCGUCAACUCUUCUUGUGUCUCUCUUGGUUUUAGCCAAAAGGAAGUUGAAGACAUCCCAAAUUUUUAUUGCAAGAAUUGUGAACAUAAUCAGCAUCAGUGCUUUGCAUGUGGCAAACUAGGCUGUUCCGAUAAAUUCUCUGGUGCUGAGGUCUUCCAAUGUGCCUCUGCAACCUGCGGCUACUUUUAUCAUCCUCAAUGUGUUGUGAAGUUACUUCAUCGAUUUAAUGAGAAUGCUUCAAGGGAACUUGAGACAAAUAUUAGUCGGGGAGAACCUUUUACUUGUCCAUCCCAUUACUGCUAUGUUUGUAAAGAAACAGAGAACAAAAAGGAACAUGAGUUGCAGCUUGCUGUUUGUAGGCGUUGUCCCAAGUCAUAUCAUCGCAAAUGUUUGCCAAGAGCAAUUGCUUUUGAAGACAUAGAAGAUGAGGGUAUAAUAACGAGGGCCUGGGACAAUCUAAUACCCAAUCGUGUUCUUAUAUAUUGCUUAAAACAUGAUAUCGAUAAUGAUCUUGGGACUCCUAUACGAGAUCACAUAACAUUCCCCAAUGAUAAAUCUAAUGUUCAAGAAGCAAGUACAGAGCAGAAGAGAAAACCUGCAACUGAAGAGAGAGUUAUGUUGAACAAGAAUAAUGUUAACCUGGAUAAUUCAGUCAACAAAAGAAGCAUUGCUGAUGUACCUAAACUGUCUACUAAGGUACCUAAACUCGCUGGAAAAAAGUCUUCUGGACCAGUUGGUAUCAAGAAGUUUAAUAAGGUUUCAGGAUCAAAUAUCCAAAGGAAACCAAUAGAUAUUGAAUCAUCUAGAAAACGUUUGUGUGAAAGUAAGAGACCAUUCUCAAAGGAAACUGAAAGGCCUGAUUGUGAGGAAAAUGAGCCCUCAAUUGGUGUGCAAUUAUAUGCAAUCUGGGAGAAGGGUUCUGGACAAACUGGCUUGGGCAAUCAGGUUGAUAACAAAGCCAGUGCCAAAUCUGUUAUACCUACUAGAAAACCAAGCAGCCCAUUAUGUACAUUAGAUGCUGAUUCGAAGAGGAGACUGUUGGAUUUGUUUAAUGAAGCUACGUCAUCAGUUACUCUUAAGGAUGUUGUAAAAGAACGUAAAUUUGCUUACACUCAUUCUCACUCAUUGAAAAAUUUUAUGGAGAAGACUACAGUUGGGAAGUUGGAGCGCUCUGUUGAGGCUGUUCGAACAGCUUUAAAGAUGCUAGAGGAUGGGCGCAGCAUUCGUGAUGCAGAAGCUGUUUGUGGCCCUGAUGUUCUUAACCAGAUAUAUAAGUGGAAGGACAAGCUGAAAGUAUAUCUAGCACCUGUUCUGUGUGGUAACCGCUAUACGUCAUUUGGUCGCCAUUUUACACAAGUGGAAAAGCUAGAAGGGAUUGUUGAUAGACUCCACUGGUAUGUUCAGAAUGGUGAUACGAUUGUGGACUUCUGUUGUGGUGCUAACGACUUUAGCAUACUUAUGAAAAAAAAGCUUGAAGAAACUGGGAAGAGAUGCUCAUAUAAGAACUAUGAUUUACUUCCAACAAAGCACGAUUUUUGUUUUGAGAUGAGAGAUUGGAUGACUGUCCAGCCAAAGGAGUUGCCUACAGGGUCACAGUUGAUCAUGGGUCUUAAUCCGCCCUUUGGGCUAAAAGCAGCUUUGGCUAACAAGUUUAUAGAUAAGGCUCUUGAGUUUAGACCAAAGCUCCUCAUUCUUAUAGUUCCACCGGAAACAGAGAGGCUAGACAAAAAAAGGUCACGUUAUGAUCUUGUCUGGGAGGAUCGAAAUUUUCUAUCAGGAAAGUCAUUUUAUCUACCCGGAUCAAUUAAUACUAGUGACAGACAAAUAGAACAAUGGAAUCUGACAUCUCCCCCACUCUCCCUUUGGAGUCGACCUGACUGGACUGAUAAGCAUAUGGAAGUAGCCCAAAAGCACGGUCAUCUGUUAAGCCUGCAUGAAGUAUCACGGAUGGAAAGUUUUAAUAAUCAAAAUUCACGUGCUGGCCAUUCGAUGGAUGGUAAUUUUGCUGACGACGAUAUGCUGGUUGAUGAUCUGUUGGUGUCAACUGAUGAUCUUGAAGUUCAGGGGCUUAUUAAUGACGAUCAGCAAGAAAUAUCAAUGGAUGGUAAUGUUGAAAGAGAGAAUCAAGAGAGACAUGAAUCUUGGACGGAAAUGACUCCAAAUGAAAAUGUUGGACGUGAGAGUCAAGAGAGACAUGAUUAUUUAAUGCGAAAGACUCCACAUGGAAAUGUUGAACAAGAGAGACAUGAGGAUCAUACUAGAAGGAGUCCGCAUGAAUAUGUUGAACGUGAGAGUCAAGAGCGACAUGAUUACCGGAUGGGAAAGUCUCCUCAUGGAAUUGUUGAACGAGAGAGUCAGGAGAGACAUGAGGAUCAGAUAGGAAAGAGUCCACAUGGAAAUGUUGAACGUGAGAGUCAAGAGCGACAUGAUCACAGGAUGGGAAAGACUCCUCAUGGAAUUGUUGAACGAGAGCGGCAUGAUUACAGGAUGGGAAAGACUCCUCAAGGAAUUGUUGAACUGGAGAGUCAAGAGAGACACGAGGAUCAGAUAGGAAAGAGUCCACAUGGAAAUGUUGAACGAGAGAGUCAAGAGCGACAUGAUUACAGGAUGGGAAAGACUCCUCAUGGAAUUGUUGAACGAGAAAGUCAAGAGCAACAUGAUUACAGGAUGGGAAAGACUAAGACCUCAUGGAACAGGAAACACACUAAGGAAAACAACAGAGGAGGUCCGCAUGCGAGCUCACCUGCCAAAAGUAAUGCCAAAAAUCAAACUAAGGGAUUACCUCACCGUAGUCAAUCUAAUCCGAAAGAUGGGAGAUCCUCAGUUGGGGGUCUUCAGCCAAAGUCUAGUGUGUCAUCUCCUUAUGGUUAUGGUCAUCUGGAACCCAUGCGAUUUGGAGCAGCUAGUGAUUAUAUGGCUUCCACUUUCGAGGAGCACCAUAGCAGCCUUUUGAUAGAUGGCACCAAUACCCUAGGAUAUAACCCCUAUGUUGGGGAGGAUGACAGUUAUCUGAGGCAACAACCUCGCCUUUAUGGGCUUCAGGAUCCAGAUUCUCAUUAUAUGACGAGUAAUUUUUUAUCUGGUCAUGAUUCUGUGUAUGGUCGUAUGGGAUCCAGUUAUGGAGUACUUGGUUCGGGAUCCGAGUCAGCUUACAUGAUGAGCACUCCAGCUAUGCAACGGUACGCUUCGCGCUUGGAUCCUAGGCUGGAUUCUUUUGGAUCUGUACCCCCUAUGGUUGGUAGAAAUGCCGGCUUUGAACACGGUGUUCCCCAACCUGAAUAUGGAAGUGGGAUGCCUAGUGGUAUGCCAGGUCUUGCACCUCAACCUCAGGAUCCCUAUCGCUAUCCCAAUUCGCGCUCGAAUUCAGGAAGUUGGUUCAAUGGGUAAUCAGGAUACUCAUUCACUUCUGCAUAAAGAUGCUAUACGUUGUACAUAACAUAGAUGACAAGAUGGAAUGUUCUGUACAUAUACAGAUUGUUAAUUUCGUUCUCAGAUCUUAGGUUCUCCAGACAAACAAGGUUAUUUUCCUCCAGAAAUGCACUUGUGGUUUUUGGCUA